AGGGGCUUCCGUCAGCGGAGGAGGCUGGAGAAGCUGAAACCCAAGUGUUCUGGUGCCCCAGCUAGGCCCCUGGAAAUUGCCCCGGAGUCUCCCCCGUUUCAGCUAGUCAGCAGCAGUCCUGAGGACCCGCUCUCUAGUGACUUCUUCUGACUUGAGCCUACGGUGUGCUUUGAGAAAUCUGCCAUCAGAUUAUCUUGGCUUGGUCUCCGGGAACCACCCACUAGUGACUGUCAAAAAAUGGCAUGAGAAAAAUCCAGUGGAAUCUACAAAACACUAGAACUAAUAGUUGCAGGGCCACGGAGCUGCUGGUGAUAAAAUCUGUCGUGAUCCUGUGGAAGGCUGUGCAAUCCGAGGCGCUGUCUGACUGCUUAUUCUGAAUUCUCGCUGCCAGGAUGGGGAAACAGAACAGCAAGCUUCGCCCAGAGGUCAUGCAGGAUUUGCUGGAAAGCACAGACUUUACAGAGCACGAGAUCCAGGAAUGGUAUAAAGGCUUCUUGAGAGACUGCCCCAGUGGACACUUGUCAAUGGAAGAGUUUAAGAAAAUUUACGGGAACUUUUUCCCUUAUGGGGAUGCUUCCAAAUUUGCAGAGCAUGUCUUCCGCACCUUUGAUGCCAAUGGAGAUGGGACGAUAGACUUUAGAGAAUUCAUCAUAGCCCUGAGUGUGACCUCGAGGGGGAAGCUGGAACAGAAGCUGAAAUGGGCCUUCAGCAUGUAUGACCUGGACGGAAAUGGCUACAUCAGCAAGGCAGAAAUGCUAGAGAUUGUGCAGGCGAUCUAUAAGAUGGUUUCCUCCGUAAUGAAAAUGCCUGAAGACGAGUCAACCCCAGAGAAAAGGACAGAAAAGAUCUUCCGCCAGAUGGACACCAACAGAGAUGGAAAACUGUCCCUGGAGGAAUUCAUCCGAGGGGCCAAGAGCGACCCAUCCAUAGUGCGCCUCCUUCAGUGUGACCCCAGCAGUGCCGGCCAGUUCUGAGCCCCGCGCCCUACGGAUCGUAGAGCUGCUUGUGUUCCCUUUCGAUCUUCCUUUUUAACAAGUUUGUCUUUUUUUUUUUUUUUUUGCCAAACAAUAUUGAUGGUGAUGCUGCCCCCCCGUGAGGUCAGAUGCACCUUCCUCCGUGACGCCUUCAGCUUCCUUUGUUGUGGGAAUGCCCGGAGCCCCAAUCGCUUGUGGCCGAGCAUGGACAGUGCUGUCUUGCACAGACCUUGUGGUGUUCGUUGUUCUAUGAUUUCUCCAUCGCUAUUAUCAUUGUCAUUUUUCUUCUGAUUCCAAUGUCUCUGUUCGGAAACCGAAGACUCGGGGAGGCAAGAGAAGGGAAAACAAUUCGGUCCAGUGAUUCAAUCGCAAGCUUCCAGGGGCUUGUUGGAAAAACAAAACUCCCCACCCGGGUCUGGAGUCGCACGUGCCCUCGGGGUGAUGGUGCCAUGUGUUGGGUUCCGCAAGGACAAGGAACCCUCUGGGGCCAGGCUAUAGAAGGGACGUGGAGGCGUCCGCUCCACCCUCUUCCCCAGCAGGCUGUUGUAGUGUCUAAGCUGUGAACGUGUCAAGGUAAAUUCGUAGAGAAGAGGAAAAUGAUGGCUCAGCUGUUUUCUCACGGCGUUUACACUAGCUGAGCUGAGUUUCUUUGGAAAUUAAACACAAAUGGUAACUUAUAUAACAAAACCAGACCCAUCUUGUUGCCUAUUGUGAUUAAGACAAAAGACUGCUGUACAUAAACUAUUGGGUAUUGCAGACCAAAUUAAGUGUUUUGCCUUGUUUAAAUGAAAUGCAUGUUUAGUGAGCACUAAUACAAUCUUAUUACAGAAGACUGUUUUUAGUAGCUUAAUGUGAAGUAAGCCAACUAUAAUGAAUGUCUGUGUCUUGUUUUAAAGUCCUAUCUGUCUUUGCACAAAUGCACCAAUCAACAGGUAUAUUUUAUAUAUUCCAGAGAAGUACAAAGUCACCAUGACUAGGACCCAACCUUAAUUUCGAACGCAUUUCCAGAGUGGUCGUGCCUGGAGAAUAGACUAGGGCAGGUUUAAGUGGGACACGUCCUUGGGAGCCACCAGAAGGUUAAUAUUUGUGAGAGAUGUGAGGUGAUGGUUAGCUCACUCAGCCCAGCAGCUCAGUGGUAUUAGAUUGGAAGUGUGGUGCUCUUCUGAAUAGAUCAAUAUUCCUUAGACCCGAAAAAAAUAUAUAUACCAUAAAUUCUUGGGACUUCCCAGUGGUUUAAGCCACAUGUAUGAUUAGGGAGUUGUAUCUGGAAUACUGACCUUUUCAUGCACCCAGUGGCCCUUCAAACAAUCAGAGGUCGGGCAGCCGGCUGACUCAUCAUGAAGAAGGCCCGGGCCAGUGCGUCUGUGAUAUCCAGGGCCUGCUAUGGGGAAUCCCAAAGUAUUUUCCAUCACCAUGUUCUUUGAAGGCAGAUUUCUAUUUUGAGAGGUGACAGUGCAAAUUUGCGUCGCUGUUUGGUCUGGCGAUCUCACGCACACUAAUUGGAAUUGAAAGUUAAGAGUAAAAAUUGAUCACAGGUAAGUCCGUCAUAUUUUCCCAAGCAGUAGGCAUGGGGAAGUCCAAACCCUCAAGGAUGCCCCAGGAGGAGGCCGAGAGGUCCUUAGUGGGUCUGUCUGCACUGAAGCUACUUCCUGAAGAUCAUGACCCACAGAAAGACAGAAAUAACCGUGAGGAAGAUGAUGUUGAGUCCAUUCUAACUCUAGAUUCCUCAGUGUUACUUGAGUCCAUUUUAACUGGUAGCAAAAAUCUGAAUUUGUAUGGUUGGCCAAAAUGAACCAACUUUGCAGAAUGAAAUUUGGAGGCCUAGACUUGGUAAAAUAAUCUUUAUCUUCCUCUAAGUGUCAGCUCCUCCCAGUCGGUCAGUCCUGAGACUUGCCGAAUUCCUCCUUGGGCCGAGUGGUAAGAUCUGGGUCUGAAAACCAGGGGAUUACCCUAAGAGGCGGAGAGCAGAGGGGGUGAGGGACCCAGCACCUCUGCUGGUCGUGUUCAGGAGGUGCAUCCUUCCCCCACCCGGGGGUUGGGAGGGAAAGCCCUUCCUGCUGUGGACUGAAGACCAAAUUCCUCCCUUUCAGUUCUCCAAAGAGGGUGGGGAGUCAGUUAAUAUUUGGGCAAGUCCGCCUGGGCUCUGCCUUUGGUCAGGACAUCUUGUUGAGCCAGACUCAUCCAGUUCCCUAGAACUGAGAGCUGUAGUGAGAAGGAGGGGAGAGGGGCUCCAGCUGCUUAGGAGAGAAAACAGAGCCAGAUGCAUGGCUGACGAACACCGACAUGCCUGAGAUGCACAGAAAUAGUCCUCGUCCUGGCCUGCCAUUGACCCUGUCUGUAUUUUCUCGAUGGUUGUUUUUCUCUUCUAUUCCUUCCCAGGAAGGGCUUUGUAUGUCCAAUGCAACGCACUUAAAUUUGGCCAAGGGACUCUGCAGCACCCAGAAGGUUGAAUGCCUAAAAGUUUAUGUCACUCCUUUGCUGGGCUGUUUAUUGUCAUUGCUGUGUUGAGGGACCUCUGGAAAUGGUCUGUUCUGUCUAAAAUCAAGGCAGUCUGUGAUUUCAAGGGACUGGAAUAAAGUGGCUUAUGACUUGAAGGAUGA